UUCUACUGAGGGGGUGUCCGAUUACCCUUUUUUUCCCAGCUUUAGACUGGGGACCUCUCCCUGUUGCUACAAGGGCGCGUAUCGCAUUUGCUCUGUCGCCUUUCUCUUAGCAAAAUUUAAACAGUUUUUUUCUCCCAACUGGACAGAGAUGAGCAUCGAAACGCUCUUGGAAGCAGCCAAGUUUUUGGAAUUGCAAGCCCAGCAACAACAGAAAGCACGUGAGGAUGACCUAAAGGAAAAGCUUCGUCUGGAGCAGUUGACAGGGCAGAGACACUCAGAUGUGAAGUAUAACUCAACAAUCCACAUCAACAAUGUUCCUAAAGCAGAGGAUUUCCACACUGAGUGCCGCCUGGCCCCCAUACCACCGUCUCUGCCACCCCCUUCCAUGCCCAUAACUGUCAUCCCCAUCCCUGUGGUCACCCCCAACCCUACAGGCUCACCCACCCUGCCUGUUGCCACACUCUCCCCUCCAGCUGCUCCUCCUCUGGCCUCCCCGAAGAGAGACCCUCACUCCCCCCAGGAGCAAAGUGCUGCAGCUCUGCCGCGCUCUCCACAGCCCAAACCUGAACAUCCGACCUCUGUGCUGACCACCGACCACAAGCAGCCGAUACAGAACCACCACCACCCGCAGCUCAUCGCCCAAACUAACAACACUAAACUACAGCAGCAGACACACCAGCAGCUGGUCCAACGCUAUCCUGGCUCCAUCGUGUCACCCCCACAGCAACAUGCUUUGCUCCCACAGUCGGGCCCUGUGCUCCAGCAGGCUCCUCUACAGAAUGGCCCCACCAGCCGGGGGAGUCCUCCUGAUGAUGGCCGCCAGCUAGACAACAAGAAGAGACCUGGAGGGGCAGGCACAAGAGAGGUGCAUAACAAGCUUGAGAAAAACAGACGAGCACACUUGAAGGAGUGCUUCGAGACGCUGAAAAAGAACAUCCCCAACAUCGACGAGAAGAAAACCUCCAAUCUUAGUGUGCUGAGAAGUGCGCUGAGAUACAUUCAGACGCUGAAGCGAAAAGAGAAGGAGUACGAGCAUGACAUGGAGCGACUGGCCAGAGAAAAGAUAGCCACACAGCAGCGAUUAGCAGAGCUGAAGAACGAGCUGAGCCAGUGGAUGGAUGUGAUUGAGAUCGACCGUGUCCUCAGACAGACAGUGCAGCCUGAAGAGGACCAGGCCUCGACCUCCACUGCCUCAGAAGGUGAAGACAUUAUGGACGAAGACCUAGAUGAGGAGACUGCGCCAAGAGCACAGACUGCCUUACCCACCGUGCCUCAAACCAUGAAACCGGAGCUGCACAAGACUGCAACACCCACUCAGACUUCAAUCCUGACACCCGCCACCACCACUACCUCCUUCAUCACCCAACACAUCUCCAUCCAGCACAAACCCCGUCUGCACCAGCCCCAACCUCAGCCACUGUCGGUGACUCCUCCACAGCCAGCGCCUAAGCCUGCAGCUCCACCUGCACUCGCAGCCACAACAUGCAGCACUCCCACCACUCCCAGUCAGCCUUUGAUCCCCACCCAGACGCAGGUGGUGACCACAGCCAGCCUACACCCCACAGUUAUUGCCCACGCUUCAGUGUCCCAUCCCUCAGUCAUCCAAGCAGUCAACCACGUCAUCCAGGGAGGGGGUCCCAAACACAUUGCUCACCUGGCUCCCUCCACCACUACCAGCUCUGUCCAGUUAGCCCCCGGCCACCAACCCAUUGGCCACAUUACUGUGCACCCGGUGGCACACCUGAGCCAGCAUCUACCUGCCCUCUAUCCGCAACCAGUGGCUGUCACACAGCCAGCUGUGGUCGGUCACAUCACCCACACGUUAAACCACGCCCACCCCCAGGUGAACGGCACUACACCUAGCCAGCCAGCUGCCACCAUCAUUGGCAAGCAGACAGCAGUGAGCACCCAAAUGGUGGCCCACCACCCACAGCUGGUGGGUCAGACGGUGCUCAACCCUGUGACAAUGGUGACCAUGCCCUCCUUCCCCAUCAGCACUCUGAAGCUGGCCUGAACACUGCCAACAGUACCUUCCAGGCUGCAGAUCGAGACCCCAUGACAGGGGAGAACCACGGGCCUCAGACCAGGCUGUCGACAAGCCCUCAGUGAGGGCAGGAGAGCUGCCGAACACCGCGUCGAUCCACAGAGUACAUUACAGUACAUUAAGCAUUACAGCUGUUGAAAAGCAACCGGGAACAUUCCUAAAACAAACUGCAAACCUCUUUUAGUACCACCACAGUGUCCUGAAAUCUCUAUCCUGAAACUGGGAAAUGCUAGGCUGCAUGUGGUUGUUAGUCAUCAUGUUGAGUGUGUGUGGCAACAGACAGUGGGCAGAUGUGCAGUUUUAGACCCUCACAGAUAAAAGCAGCAGUCAUUUUCAUGUAAGCUUUACAGAAACGGCUUCAUAUAGGGUAAAUGUUGUGCUGCCAGUACAGUGUCCAUGUCAGCAUCCUGUGACAGUGCUUAUGAAGGUUGGUGACUAGACUCCCUUUUAUCAGUGCGACUGCUGUGGAUUAACCAAUAGCAGAUCACAACAGGCUACAUUGGGUUUUGAGAGCUGUGACAGUUUAAGAUCAGAGCGCUGGAGCAGCCAUAACCAGCACAUUGGGAAUGUGAUUUACAGGAGCCCCUCCUCUCUAGCAAAGGCACAUGCUGCAGGGCUGAAGCUAAAUCACGGCCUGAACUAAACCUCCUGCACAGGAGCUGCAGUCCUCAGUGAUGACACAUACAGCAAUAUCUCCACCUGCUGGCUGUUUGGGUUUACUGCAAUACUGCUACCCUUGUCACAAUGGGAAAAAAAUCCAAAAAGUGUAAUUCAGCAGCUACUUAAAGUAAAAGAACGUGCAGUUUUAUCAGGGUUUGGGUUUUUUAAAAGGACAAUCAAAUUGUUACUUAUCUCUAGUAUUUGUCCUUCAAACAUACUAGUGACUGUACACUGAGCACAAGUACAAGUUAGUGUUUUAGGAUAAAGAUAUGUUUUUGUCACAGCUGCUAAUAUAUAUUUUUUUAAAUUUGCCAAGUAGAAUCAGUUUCUACAUCUACAUGACCCCUACAUGUAAAUGCCACAGCAGACAGUGGUAUAUUUAAGUGCUAAAUGUGUCAGAAGUUAAAGAAAAAGCUCAGUCUGAGUUGAGCGCUUAGGGAUUUUGAAUGUGAAAACCUAAAAAAAGGUCCCUAAAAUAUAGUGAAGUUUGUUUCUAUGCUGUCUUGUAGGGGAUAUGGUAGUAGGACACGUGUUUGCAUGCUGUGAAUGCAUGCCAUGGCUGUGUUAAUAUAGUGAUUAUUUUGAAAGUGAGGACUGGUAGGAGUGCUGUCUGUCGUGCUUUGUCAGACUUCGACAAGUUGCAGUAGGAAUGUGAGAUUUAUUUUUUGGCUCAGAGUUGAUGCUCUGUCAUUCAUAACUUUGGGCUGGGAUCGGUACUAAGUGAGUUCAACAGCUGACAUUAAUCCAAUCAAUGUGUGUGUGUGUGUGUGUGUUUUUUUUUUUUCAAGACCAUCCUUUUCCAAAGCUAGCACUGUGAAAUGUAUUUCUAUUAGCCUCAACGAGCAGCAAACCUACAGUUUAGCACAGCACUUGCUAGAACAGCAACAUGCUGUGCUCUCCUAAUUUAAUCUGAAUGUACUGAUCUGUGAAAGGAUACAGAGUAGCAUACUCACCAGAAGUUUAGCCCUUUUUUUGUUUUUAAAGAAAAUGCGAUUACUUUAUUAAAAGUAUCAUGUGUAUGUAAAGUGUAACAUUUAAAACUGAUUUUGUAUUUUAAGGUUCACUGUUGCUUGUAUCAUCUGGAGAAUAUCUUCUUAUGUUCAGUGUAAAUUUUAUAAUAUAGCCUUUUUUCCUGGGACCAUGUACAGUGCUGUAUAUCAGGGGUAAUGACUACACAGACCUCCUCCCAUGUUGAUAUCACAUUCGGCCACUUUGGAAAGUAUUUGCCCUUUAAUUUUUUUGUACUUUGUUUUGGUGCAAUAUGAUUACAGUAAGGACUUUUUCCUCCAAAGCUCUUCGAGUGCGAAGGUAAAACAACCCUGUCAUCACCUUCAGAUUUUGUGCAACUGAUCCUGAACAAAUGCAUCUUGAAAUCAUAUUGUAGCAAAACAAAAUGUGUAAAAGUUAACAGGGACUCAGAUACUUGAAGAAGCAACAAUAUACAUGUGUGUUUUCCCUAUGGAGAAAGUUUAAGUUGUAUAUAGCCUGUAAAUGUUGGGCUGCAUUUAGAUCUAACUGUAUUAUGUAAAAAGCUGGGGAAAAUAUGUCAAAUUAAAAAUUUAUAAAAAAAAAAAGAUACUUAAUAAAUUGUAUUAUGUUUACAAAUGUCUGAAGCUGG